CAUUCAGUCAAGUCUGAGUGACUCGGCCAGAGGUCGCUGUGACUGUUUCCACUUGCAGCAGCCACGACUUGGCUGGCUCAUUCCCUGUGGUCCCUUCCCAGCCGUGGCUUCAUGUAGUCUGACUAAUGGCGUGCAUCAGUGAUCUGCCAGAUGAGAUACUAGUGACUAUAUUCUCAUACUUGGACGUCGAUGACAUCUGUCUCUCCGUAAGGAACGUCUGUCGUCAAUGGAAGUCCGUUUCUGAGGAUGAUAGUGGACGUCGAUGACAUCUGUCUCUCCGUGAGGAACGUCUGUCGUCAAUGGAGGUCCGUUUCUGAGGAUGAAAAGGUGUGGAUGAACAUGUACUACUGCCCACGGAAAACGACGACAAAACAGGAGCUCAUAAGCAAGUUGAAGACCAUGCCAUCACUGAGAUACUUUGUAUACACUGGAACUCACAAUGUCCUUGGCACGAUGUCUAAACAUUGCACAAAGCUCAAAGACUUGCAUAUCCCCUACAUGGAAUUCCGUGCCAGACUUCUCAGAAAAGCUAUUAGACAUUUACAUUAUUUGGAAGGUCUCAGUGUUAGAAUUACUAGCAGAACGGCCAGAUUUACCCAAAUUAUUGGCGAAUCACAACACCUGGUUAGACUGAGUUUGACCACAGGUGGUGGACUGCAUACAACAGACCAAUUGUUAGAACCUAUAGCGAGCGGCUGUCGAAAGUUGAAAAAAUUAAGAUGUGCGUACUUAGACUGUCCGACCGAAGAAUUGUGUCGUCUGUUACAACAUAAGAAGCGUGUGCUCGAGGAAUAUGAACACUGCGGUCGCUUGUCUGCGGCCGUUUUCACGGCUAUAAAUGGGUGCAAGAAAUUAAAGAAACUCAGAUUUAACAGCAUCAGCAUUGAAGGUCCGUUUGAUGAAACAAUUUCCUUUGUCAAGCUGAAGUACUUGACACUAGUAGAAUUCGCAGGUUGUCCGAUCACAAUGUUGAAGAGCGUAAGUCGAAGUUUAAGUAUUGCUCCAGUUAGUUAUUUAGAGCAGAUUAAUCUGUCUUUCUCAGACCACAAAAUUGAUUCAAUUACGGAUUCUGUUUUCCUGGCAUGUCCAUCUCUUAAACGACUCAUUCUUGCGGGAAAUAUUAGACUCUGUGGAUACGGACUUAGAAAUAUAAGAAACUGCAAAAUGUUGGAGUACCUCGAUAUGAGGUACUGCUUAGACCUGGAUUGGACGGCAAUAAAGUACGUAGCUGAAGGCAGUCCCCGUCUUCAAUACCUCGACUUGUCUGGCAAUCACAUAACACUGGCUAUGUUUCAGCAAAUUCUGAAGUGUAAGAACUUGAAAACACUGUUGCUGAAGGGUUGUGACUUACGUGGUUUUAAUCUUCGACAUAUUAAAACACGUAUUCCCGGUUUGAAACAUCUCAAAAUCGAAUAGAUAAUCCCAUAUGAAACGACGUUGAUACGUGACAUUAUGCAAGAAAUGCCGCCAUAGUUCUCAAACAAAGCUACGUCUUAAUGUGAGUCAAAGUAAUAGUCCACGGUUAACAAAACAUUAUUAUGGGUAGUCAGUAAAUAGAAGAAACUGUCUGAUCGACACGCAACGUCAAAUAUCUGAUGUGAGUAGAUCAAAGGUCACAUUCUUUUAGCUUUCACUGUACAAGUAAUCAAGUUUACAUCAUGUUUACUUGUAAACAAAAAAUUACAUUUUAAUUCGAAUUUUUAAAAGUUGAAGGAUGUACGCAUUCUUCUUUGAGCCUUAUGACGAAUGAAUAAAUAAUACUAGUAACAAUUUCAAAUUAACAUCAUCAUUAAUUUUAUGCAUUUUAUAACGUCUUUUUAACGAAGUGUAAUGUCUGUGAUAAAUAUGUAAUUGUAGAUUUGUGACAAACAUUAUUCAUUUCACACAG